AACAAGGUGCAACUGGUGGUGAUUGCUCAUGACGUGGACCCGAUUGAGUUGGUCGUCUGGUUACCCGCACUGUGCAGGAAGAUGGAAGUUCCUUACUGCAUUGUCAAGGGGAAAUCACGACUGGGAGCGAUUGUCCACCAGAAAACAGCAGCUUGCUUGUGUUUGACAACAGUGAAGAACGAGGACAAGAUGGAGUUCAGCAAAAUCCUCGAGGCCAUCAAGGCAAACUUUAACGACAAGUAUGACGAGUACCGGAAGAAGUGGGGAGGUGGGAUUAUGGGAUCCAAAUCUCAGGCCAAGACUAAGGCUAAGGAGAGG